AUGGUUACACAACAAGAAAAGGAAUUUUUAGAAUCCUACCCUCAAAACUGUCCUCCAGAUGCCUUGCCUGGUACUCCAGGAAAUUUAGACAGCGCUCAAGAGAAGGCAUUGGGAGAACUGAGAAAACUUUUGGAAGAUGCUGGUUUCAUUGAACGCUUAGAUGACUCAACUUUACUACGUUUUUUAAGAGCCAGAAAAUUUGACGUUCAAUUGGCUAAGGAAAUGUUUGAAAACUGUGAAAAAUGGAGGAAGGAUUACGGUACCGACACUAUUUUACAAGAUUUUCACUAUGAUGAAAAGCCAUUGAUUGCCAAAUUCUACCCACAAUAUUACCAUAAAACUGAUAAAGAUGGCCGUCCAGUAUAUUUUGAAGAAUUAGGUGCUGUUAACUUACAUGAAAUGAACAAGGUUACUUCUGAAGAGAGGAUGCUGAAAAACUUGGUCUGGGAAUACGAAUCUGUCGUUCAAUACAGAUUGCCUGCCUGUUCAAGAGCUGCCGGUCAUCUGGUGGAAACUUCAUGUACGAUUAUGGAUUUAAAAGGUAUCUCCAUAUCUAGUGCAUACAGUGUCAUGUCAUAUGUCAGGGAAGCCUCCUACAUAAGUCAAAACUAUUACCCCGAACGUAUGGGUAAAUUUUACAUCAUUAACGCGCCAUUUGGUUUCUCUACCGCAUUCAGGUUAUUUAAACCUUUCUUGGAUCCAGUUACUGUUUCAAAGAUCUUUAUUUUGGGUUCUUCUUACCAGAAGGAAUUACUAAAGCAAAUUCCUGCUGAAAACUUACCUGUCAAAUUUGGCGGCAAGUCUCAAGUUGAUGAGUCCAACGGUGGGUUAUACCUAUCCGAUAUCGGUCCAUGGAGGGAUCCAAAGUAUAUUGGACCAGAAGGUGAAGCUCCGGAAGCCUUUUCGUUGAAAUGA